AUGUGCUACUUUACACCGACAGAGUGGGGAUGCGGUCAUCUCACUUAUUCCAAGGUUCCGUGCCGCCAUGUCCAGGCUUUCAAGGAGAAAGGGAAAUCGUGCCCUUACAACACCACUCUCGGUACCUUGAGGCGCAACCGAAGCUGCGGGGACGCUAAAAUCUGCGUUCAGGCUCGCAUCGAUACGUUGAACGGAGAGGACUACAUCCGUGCGCGUGUGCGAGCGAUGCAGCAAGACUCGCAAGAGACACUGGUUCCUUCCACUACGGCGAACGACGAAGCUAAGUAA